GAGCAACGUCGAGAAUCACCGCAACGCCAAUCCGCAUAGCUCAACCUGCUGUGACCCUGGACUAUGGGAAUUUGCUUGGACACAGCCCAGCAGAAUGGCUCGCAGGUGUUCGAAGGCCAGCAGCCGCACGGGCGGGACCCCUGGAUGCACGGCGACACGCGCUUCCCCGGAUCUCCGCGCGCCAACGGAGCAGCCCCGGGUCUCGGCGGCGCCGGCCUGGUCAAGUUCGAGGCGCCCAAGGUGCCCGUCAUCUUCGUGCUGGGCGGACCUGGCAGCGGCAAGGUGACGCACUGCGACAACUUGAUGCACGAGAAGAGAGGCGUCGCGCACAUCAACAUGACGGACCUCUUGCAGCAGUACGCCAUCGGUAAUGCGGACAUGAAGGACUUCUCCCAGCUGUCCAGCCAGACGGUGACCGAGGUGCUGAUGCUGGAGAUGAAGAUGGCGCCCGCCGCUAAGACCUACCUGGUGUCCGGCUACCCGCGCAGCAUGCGUGACGUCGUCGAGUACUCCGAGAAGAUCCAGGUGGUGAGCGGCGUGGUGCUGGUCAGCUGGCGGCAGAAGGUGCUGGAGCGCCAGAUCGAGUUCGGCGCCAAGCUAGGUCACGUGGUGCUGAGCCUCGCGCGCAUGGAGCUCGGCAACUUCUACAAGAACGUGAUGCCCGUCGCCGACUACUUCGACCAGCGCGGCAUGCUGUACGCGGUGAACGGCGAGCGCGACCCGGCGGAGGUGUACAAGGACUUCCGCUCGGCGGUGCUGCGGAUCCUGGGAGCGCGAGACCCGCCGCCGCCGCCACCGCCGCCGCCGCCGCCGCGCGUGGCCGCUGACGUGACGGUGGAGGCGGAGGACCCGCCCCCGGUGCAGCCGCCCCCGGCCCCACCGCCCCCCAAGGCGGAGGCCGACCCCGGCUACAAGGCGCCCGCCAAGGGCUUCCCGCCGGUCAUCUGGGUCAUAGGGGGCCCGGGCAGCAACAAGUCCUCGCUGUGCCAGAAGGUGGUCCGCCAGUGCCCCGGCUGGGUGCACUGCUCCGUGGGCCGCCUGCUGAGGGCCGCCACAGACUCCACGGACCACUCGCAGUCCAGCGACUCGCAGCUCGUGCGCCGCGCCAUCUCCACUGGCGAGAUGGUGCCCCAGACAUGCGUCCUGCAGCUGGUGGAGUCACAGAUGAGGACCAACAUGAGCGCGCAGGGCAUUCUCAUGGACGGCUUCCCCAGGGACAUCAACCAGGUCACGGAGUUCGAGAACAAGUUCCGGCAGACGCCCUCGGUGAUCCUGCUGGACUGCUCCAAGCUGCAGCUGGGCCGCGGCCGGCCGGACGACAGCGUCGCAGCCUUCCGCCGGCGCCUGGAGCAGUUCCGCGAGCUGUCGCUGCCCAUGCUGAAGGCGCUGGACGCCGAGAGCCGGCUCACCAUCGUGGACGGCGACACAGACGCGCCGGCCGUGCAGGCCGAGUUCUCGCGCGCCGUGCUGGCGCAGGUGGCGCAGCUCAAGAGGACGGGCGGCCUCAUCAUGCCGCAGCACGCCGUCAAGCCCUCGGCCGCGCUGCGCGACCCGGAGGACGAGGACGAGCCGGCGCCGCGGGCCAACGGCUUCGCCGGCGGCCACCUGGUGCACCCGGGGCAGCUGGGGCAGCUGGGGCAGCUCGCCAACGGAGCCGCGCCGCGCCUGCCCGCCGUCGCCGCGGACGUGCCGGAGACCCCCGCCGGCGGCCGGCUGUCGCGCGAGACCAUCCGCGACAUGUACGCUCACCUGGAGACCUACCCGGUGGACCCGCAGCUGUGA